AUGGCAGAAGACCUUCUUUGUUAUAACAAAGGUUGUGGGAAAAAGUUUGAUAAAAGAAUGAAUGAAACCGAUUCAUGCCAAUAUCAUCCUGGUGGACCAAUCUUCCAUGAUGCCUUGAAGGGGUGGUCAUGUUGUAAGAAGAGAUCUACUGAUUUUACAGAGUUUCUGAAUAUUCCUGGAUGUACGAAGGGAAAACAUAGCAAUGAGAAGCCACCAGAACCUGUAGCUCCCCACAAACCUGAUAAAAAUACAGUUAAAGAAGAGGUGGUUGUUGUCAAGGCUCCACUGGUAGAAGAUAUAAAAGCUCGACAAACUAAAUCAGAUAAAUUUGCAUCUGAUAAAUUAAAACCAAUCAAAAUUACAGUUGCUAAUUCAUUAAAGACAGCACUUGAUAAAUUAUCUCUGGAAUCAAAUAAUGAUAAUAAUAUAGAAGGGAAUGAUGAAUCCGUAAUAGAAAUUGGUACAAGUUGUAAGAAUAAUGCUUGUGGCGCUACAUAUGAAGGAGAAGCUAGUAAUGAACAGACCUGUACCUCUCAUCCUGGUCAACCAGUCUUUCACGAAGGUAUGAAAUACUGGACCUGUUGCCAAAGAAAAACAUCAGAUUUUGAUAAUUUCUUAGCUCAAGAAGGAUGUAAUUUAACAAAACAUGUGUGGCGUAAACAAAAGGUGGAUGGUGAAGAAUUAAAAUCCUGUCGAUUUGAUUGGCACCAAACAUCCUCCAAUGUCUGUUUAUCAAUAUUUGCUAAAACAGUUUCACCAGAGAAAAGUACUAUAGAAAUUAAUAAGGUGACCUGUAAAUUACAUCUUGUAUUUGACGGUGGUAAAAGUGUUUUUGAUAAAACUUUUCAUUUCAGUGAUAUAAUCAUACCAGAAAAAAGUGAAGCUAAAAUGAUGGGAACAAAAGUUGAAGUUAAUUUACGUAAACAAGAUUGUUUUAGUUGGCCUUUAUUAGAGAGAAGUAGUGAUAAUAACAAAUUAACAAUAAGACAAUUAGGUGAUAACUGA